UUCACUCUAUCUAUUAAAUAUAAACUGCUAAAUACCUUGUGUCUUCUAUCAGCGUUCAGCAGAGCACUGGUUAAAGCUUGUAGGAGGAGUUUUCUUUCUGCUCUAGGAGGAUGCAAAACCCCUAACCUCUGUCUGGAUAGCACUGAUUGGCCCUGUGCUGAUCACAUGCACUCUCCCAAGGGAAAAAAAACCCUCUCUAGCAAUACACACUAAACUGAGCAUGUUCAUGUGACUACGGGUUCAGUUUGUCUUAUCAAUAGAUAAGACAUGGACAUUUGAGGAGGGGCAGAGAAAAUGGAUCAAACAGCCUUUUUACACAAUGAAGAGGAUUAACCCCUUAGGUUCCACAGUGAGUAUAACAAUCAUGCUUUACUGCAUAUACACACUGAUUUUACCAUUGUGGGUUUAG